AUGGUUGACCGCAGUUUGGUAAGUAGAUCUGGAUUUUUACAAUGUUUUAAAAAAUUUGGUGUGAUGUAAAUAUAUUUUACGUAAUAUAAUACGUGUUUUAGUUGCCACCAUCUUUUGAGGAAGUCAGCGGAAUCUGCAAAGAAGUUCUGGACGAUGUGAUCGGCCAGAAGCCUUACCAACAUGCCGAAGUGGUCAAGUGGAACCAGACGGCAGUCGAGAAGAUAACCGAAAAACUGGCUGGUUUGGGACGGCCAUAUAAGUAUUGUCGUGAGUCAAUUUUUUAUAUUUUCUGUUUUUAGGUAACUAGAUCGGCAAUUUUUGUAAACUAGACAAGAUUUGCUUUUAAAAUUAAUAAUAUUGUAUUUGAAACCUGAAAUCUUAUACACGGAAUGAUUUCAGUAUGUUGUGUUGUAAUGCAGACUGGCUUGGGCGCUGGACUGAACGUGUCCAGCACCUGCUACUGGGACAAGAACACUGAUCACACCUUCGCUUAUCGCUGGGAGAGCCGUGCUGUCAUAGCUGUCUGUAACGUCUACGCAAUCUCGAUGAGCGGGAAAUGA